AUGCACAUCCACCCCAACAUCUUGUCAGAGAAUUCUGAGAUGGACGAGGAAGGUAGCGAGGGCGGAGGAACGGCCAGCGUGCUCCUGGCGGCCAAAGGGAGGGCGGUGACCCAGGUCGCGAAGAAGAACCUGAUCCAGAUCGUGGUCUCGAUCUUCAUCGAGCUGAAGCGGCUGCUGGAGAGCAAGAACAGCCCGCUGAUCGGGUGCCUCAUGGAGUGCCCGCGCGCCCUGCUCAAGGACUACAAGAACGAGAUCACAGCUUUUGUGAUUGUGGAGGAUGCUUUGCUGCUGGCUUCUUUGUGGCUAAUUUUCGUUGUGAAUAAGCAAUGA